CCAAACAGUCCGUUUCUGUGCUGAACGACUCUACGACAUAGAUUGAUAGACAAGGUAUCCAGAGGGAAAUCAGACAUUUCUUUUGACGCAGUGAGUUGUUGUCGUCUGGAAUGCAUUACCUCAAAGGAAUGGUUGUGUCCUUGGGGAGUGAAUGGAUAACGACUACACAAUGGCCAGCAUGAAACCAGGUCUCCAUGUGGGCAGUACUGCCUCAGCUGCAUCAAAGCAGGACAAUCGAAAGAAAUUGAAGAGGAGGAGGAGGUUCUGGGCCAAGGAAACAGUGAGGACCAAAAAAAACACUGGGUCAGUACUGCCUCCUAGAGUUGCUGUGGAGUACUCCACCAACUGGAAGACGCUCAGUCAGGGCUGUUAUUUCAAUCAGCUGAUGAGUAAGGCAACUAAUGCCAAGAAAGUUCCGGAAAGUAAAUCCAAGAUCCGAUUGAAAGAGGACACAUUGACUGUGGGAAAGGAGAAUCACCAAGGAAUUAAACCAGAGAAAGGUGCAGAAAGCAAUACCCAGCCGGACUCUCAAGCUACACAUGUUGUGCAGAAAGGAAAGAGGUUGAAACCUGAUGAAAGCACCGCCCAGGGAACACAGCAGAGCACCAGAAAGAGAACAAGGAACAGCCAGGAGUCUGCAGAAGAACGUACUUCUGGGAGAAAAAAACAAACCAAGAUUGAACCAGAAACUGAGAACCAGACGGAGCCUGAUAUCUGGUUUGAUGAUGUUGACCCAGAUGACAUAGAAGCUGCAAUGGGGCCUGAAGCUGCACGUGUUGCUCGACAGCAGAUAGCACAAACAACAGGAAAGCCACACACUGCAGAACCAAGCUUGGAAAAGGUGCUGGUUAAAGAUGGAGCCUUCCAGGGACUCACCAAAGCAGUGGCAAUGGACUGUGAGAUGGUUGGCGUGGGUUCAGAUAAAGUGGACAGCAUCCUUGCCCGUGUAUCUAUUGUGAACCAAUUUGGAAAAUGCAUUUAUGACAAAUAUGUGAAACCAACAGAAAAGGUGACGGAUUACAGGACCUGGGUCAGUGGAGUACGACCAGCUGACAUGAAGAAUGGUGAAGACUUUAAAGUUGUGCAGAGGGAGGUUGCAGAAAUCUUGGAAGGCAGAGUGUUAGUUGGUCAUGCUGUCCACAACGAUCUCAAGAUUCUGUUCCUGGACCAUCCAAAGAAGAACAUUCGUGACACACAAAAAUACAAACCUUUCAAAACAGCCGUCAGAUGUGGCCGUCCUUCCCUCAAGCAUUUGUGUAGUCAGGUCCUAAAGGUCAAAGUUCAGGAGUCCGAACAUUCCUCGGUACAGGAUGCACAGGCAACAAUGAGACUUUAUACACUGGUGAGGCAGAAGUGGGAAGCUGAGGUGAAGGCAAAGUACAGAACAAAGAAACAAGUGGUGAAGGUGGAGAAACCAAACCUUGAAGCUAAAUCUCUGAUGAUCUACAAAAAUAAAAUGUCUCUAGAAUUAUCACUGAAUAUGAACUAAAUCAGUGAUCAGAAGAACAGAAUAUCUUCCAUACACAGAGUGAACUUCAAACACUCCCAGUACAGGGACAGCACGGAGUUAGAUGUGGAGUGAAGCUCCAUCGACACAGCAGCCACAAUCGCUCGCUUUUAUUCUGAUUAAAUUCUAUAUUUCUCUUCAGUCA